AUGGAGGAACAGAAUGGAGCAUGCGAGCGAUACUGUGGACGGACCUGUUGCUGUCAUGGCAGCCUUGCUGGCGAAGCCAAAGAUAAUGGGACAGAAGUGGAAGAAACAGAGAUUACCACGAAACUGGCUAAUCUCAGUCGAAUUAUUCCGCUUGAUGCAUUUUCAGACAGUGAUGGGGUUUGUCCAUGCGAAGAAAUGAUAAAGUUUCUCCGCCUGGCUAAAGGUGAUGUGGAAUUGGCAGCUUGCCUCUUUAUGGAGGCUAAACCGACCUUAUUGCAAGGAUACAAAUAUGAAACUAACGAUACUUGGGAAGGAAAAAGAGCAUUUGAUAGGUACAUAAACAAAUGCAACUAUGAAGUAAAAGUAUAUAAUAGCAUUUUAAAGAACGAUUUGGAAGCUGGCAAUGCUGAAUUUCCGGACUUGCUACUGUCCAAAGAUAGGAUAUUACUAGAUACCGAAGCCCUGUUUUCACUGGGCUCGAGAGAAGCUGAUCAUACAUCGUCUGUUGAUUGGAAUCCUCUCAGUUUACCAAAGGAAAAUUUGGAACUGAAUCGAAUGUGGCUUACAGAGCAGUCCUGCGGGUUGGUAUGCUCAGAAGCACCAUCCACAAAGAUCCUCCCAAUACUAAAGACACAACUGCAACAAGAUCAAGAAUGUCAGGAACACCAAAAGCCAAGUUCCAAGUCGAUACCUGAGACCAGCAAAGGCAUGGCUGUCUCCAAACACCUACUUGCUUCGGCCUCUGGGCAGACCAAUCUGCCCCUCGUCAGCCUGCCUACUAAAGUGUAUGCAGACCAAUUUAUCAACAACUUAACCAAAUCAAGAUUCAGUAUGCUAAGCCAGCCCUGCCAGGUUUUGGAAUUACCUGAGCUGGAGGUAGGCUCGCAAAAGGACAAGGAUGAGCCGUUUAAAAUAUCUCUAUACUGGUUCGCCCGUUACUCCAAGUUCUUCCCUAUGAGCACACUCGCUAUGGAGUAA